UUGUAUUGGAUUUUAAAAUUUGUUAGAAAAUUUUAUAACACGAAAGAGAAAACGUUAGAUAUAUAUAAACAACUAGUAGUCUGAAGGGUCACCGUGACAUGUCUCCUAAAUCCACAUGUCCGCACAGAGCCGGUCGGCCCGAUGCGCUCUAAAGCCCCUCUAAAUUCUCAAAGCCAACACCGUGCUCAAUCAACAAACGAGCAGAAAAAUGUCCUUCUGCUUCCCUAUUUCCGAACCUCUUGCCUUCCCUCAACAACCCCUUUUCUCUAGUCUUGGUGGGAACAAAAGGGCAUGUGGGAUAUGGAGAAACCAUCAAGUAGUGAAUAAAUUAGUGGUAAGAGCAGGUCCAAAGAAGAUAUCUUUUGGUAAAGAUUGUAGAGAAGCCUUGCAGGCAGGAAUUGAUAAGCUUGCUGAUGCUGUUUCUGUCACUUUAGGACCUAAAGGGCGUAAUGUUGUUCUUUCGGAUUCAAAGACGCUAAAAGUAGUAAAUGAUGGUGUUACAAUAGCUCGUGCUAUAGAGCUUCCGGAUUCAAUGGAGAAUAUUGGAGCAAUUUUAAUCCAAGAGGUUGCUAGUAAAAUGAAUGAUAUGGCUGGAGAUGGCACUACUACUGCUAUUAUUUUGGCUCGUGAAAUGAUCAAAACAGGGAUGUUAGCAGUCAGUUUUGGGGCUAACCCUGUUUUUGUAAAGAAAGGAAUGGAUAUGGCUGUCAAAGAGUUGGUCAAAGUGUUGAAGAAGAAUAGUUUUCCAGUAAAAGGGAAGGAUGAUAUAAAAGCGGUCGCUUCAAUUUCUGCUGGAAAUGAUGAAUUUGUUGGGAACCUAAUUGCUGAAACUAUAGAGAAGAUUGGCUCUGAUGGAGUAAUCUCUCUUGAAUCAUCUUCAACCUCUGAUACAUUUGUGAUAAUAGAAGAAGGAAUGAAGGCAUUUCUUGCACCUGCAAAAACAAUUGCAACUAAUGCAGGGGUUGAUGGAGCAGUUGUGGUGGAGAAUAUUCGAUCUUGUGACUGGAGAACUGGUUACAAUGCAAUGACUGGUAGAUAUGAAGAUCUUCUCAAUGCAGGGGUGGUAGAUCCUUGUAGAGUUUCUAGGUGUGCACUUCAAAGUGCUGUCUCAAUUGCUGGGAUAGUUCUAACAACUCAAGCUGUGCUGGUUGAAAAAAUAAAGAAGCCCAAGCCCGCUGUCCCUUGUGUUCCUGGAAUUACACCUUGAGAAAAAUGGAAAAGAGCUGUUAAAAUUGUAGAAAGAAGCUGAAGAAAUUUUAUUGCUCUGAUGGCUCUCAUCAACAGUUUUGAGUUGGCUGGUCAGAAUGAAACUUGAAGGUGAAGCAAGUCUCUUCAACAAGCCUUUACAACUUCUGGGAUCACCAGGUGGAUCAUGCUUGAGACCGCAAAAGCAUCAAAUGCCAUAAUGAAAGACUUUGCAUUUGUCUGGCAAUGCUUGGCUCUCCCUGCUGAUACAUCGACGACUACUCCCCUAAAUUUUGUGUUUGGUCUCUGUUAUAUUUGAUUUUCUGGGUGGUUUCCUGUCAAGAAACUCACUACUAUUCCAGUAACUCAGCAAGUAGCCAUAUCGGAAGAGUAAUCCCCAUAUCCAGAUGCCCUCUUUAAAAUCUUCAACUGAAGUUAGUCACUGACACGAUUCAAGCAGAAAAUCACCUUUAUUUUAUCAAUUAUAUUUUCCCUUGACUGCUAUAUGAUUCAUCUGUCAAUUUUAUUUGAACGAGGUUUUGGUCUAUUGCCAUCAAAGUUAAUUGAUUUUUGUUUGCUAUU